AUGGAUGUCCGAACGAUGGCCAGAGGAGGCCUCCAAGGACGCCCCAGGAUCUCGGGGGCAGCCCCGUCCCCCCUCGCCGCCGCGGCCAUGGCGGCCACGCUCCCCGCGAUGCCGAGUCCGCAGAGCGACCCGGGCGCCGCCUGCGGCGCGGACGCUGCCGCGCACGAGGGCUGCAGCCGGGGCAUGUGGGCCGUCAUCGAGGAACAGCUCGAAGAUGAGCUGGACUACUACCAUGCCACCUUGGAGCACAUGGAGCUCCGGGUGGAGAUGGAGGCGAAGGUGCUGCUCCGGCGCUCUGGGCGCGGCGGCGGCGCCGAAGGCGUGCCUGCGCCAGCGAUGAGCCCGGCGGGCUGGCAGGGCGAGAUGGCCGCGCGGGCGUCGGCGCUGUGGCGCCUCGCGGCAGGCUCGGGCGCGCCGGCGGCGGACGCGGACUGCGGGAGCCUGUGGGAGGCGCUCAAGGACCACGAGGUGGCCGGAGUCAGCGCGUCCCAGCUCGAAACGCUGGUGCCCGGCAGAAGGAUGCCGGCUGGCGUCCUGUACCAGCCUGGCGGGCCUGGCGCCGGGCCAGCCUGCGCGGUGGUCUACAUCCCAGGCGAGGGCGGCGUGGGCGGCAGCGCCGCGGCGGAGACCGCGCUGCUGGCGAGCUACCUGGUCCCCUUGCAGGUGGCGGUGGUCGGGAUCGACGCCUCCUCGUCGCGCGGAGGCGCCGCGGAGCCCGAGGGCGUGCAGGGCGUGGUGGCCCUGCUGCGCUCCACGGCCUGGCGGCCUGGCGGCGCCGAGGGCGUGGCACUCUGGGGCCGGUCGUCGGGUGCCGCUACGGCCCUGCAGUGCGCGGAGCAGGACCCCUCCCUGGCCGCGCUCGUGUGCGACGGCGUCUACCGCGACUUCCUGUCGCUGCUCGGGCUGCCGCAGUGGGCCGCGCCGCCGCUGUACGCCGCAAGGCACCUGGGCUCCGCGCUCGCGGGCAGGGUGGCCUGCCAGGGCGGCCUCGGCGCCAGCGUUGACGACGGGGAGGAGAGCCUGACUGCCACGGGGUCCCUAGCGCAGUCCCUCAGCUCCUCGAGCGGCAGCAGCGCCCUGUCGGGCAGCGCCUCCACCGCCUGCGCCACCCUGACUGGCAGCGGGCCCCGCUCGAUCGAGGAACCUCCGCUGAGCACGGCGGCCCGCUGCUUCGUGCCCGCGCUCUUCGUCCACGGCGCGGAGGACGUUCUGGUACCGCCUAGCCACGCCGAGGCCUUCCGGAGCGCCUACGGCGGCGAGCGCCAGGUGCUCAUCGUGCCUGGCGGGACGCACGAGUCGGAGCGGCCGCACGCGACGAUGGCGCGAGCCGUGCUCUUCCUCACGCGCGCCUUCCGCCGCGAGGCCGACUCCGACACCCUGGCGGCGCUCGCCGCAGAGGCGGCGGCCGCCCAGGCUCGGCUCUCCCGUGGCCCCCGCGCGCCCUGGGCGCCUUGCUCGCCGGAGGCGGCUGGCUCGCUGCUGUGCUCGCCGGCGCCCAGCGACCGGCGGCGCGGGCUGCUGCUGGCGGCCCUGCGGGCCUGCCCGUCCCACCGCGGCGCCGCGUUCGCGCCCGCGGGCGUGCAGGGGCGCCCGGCGGCGAGGGCCGGCGCGCCCCUGCUCGUGGGCACGGCGGUGGCCAGGCUGCCCAGCGCAGAGAGCGAGGUCGCGGUCGCCAUGGCGUGGGACGCGGAGGAGCGCGGAGCCGGGCUCGUGCACCUCGUGGUCAUCUCGGCCAGCGCCGUCAGCGUCACCGAGGUGCGGCUCGCGCCGGGGCCGCGCGCCGAUGGUGGCCAGGGCGAGGGCGGCGGGCCGCAGCCCCCGGCCGCGGUCGCGGCGCGCGUCGAGGCCACGGUCCGCACGCUGGGCAUCAAGGAGGUGGCGCUGCCCCCUGGCGCAAGGGCGCAGCAAGUCCGCUUCGCUGUACUCGACAGCGGCAGCGUGGAGCUGCAGGUGGGUCAGGCCCACCUCGUCACCGAGGCAUCUGCCGACGGCAUGAGCAUGUUCGGACGGGGCGAUGUCGGCGUCUCCGUGUGGCGAGCGGUCUACCGCGACGGUGCCGAAGUCGCCGGCGGCGGGGCGGAGCCCGAGAUUUUCCUCUCGGAGGUGGUGGCCAGGCACGCGGCGGCCCGAUCGCCCCGAGGCGUCGCCCGCCACGCCGGCGGCGGCGAGGCGCCGGCGCACCCUCCGCAGCCGGGCACCCUCCUCAGCAACUGCACCUUCGCGGCGCCAGCAGGCAGCCUGAGCCUCAGCCUCUCGGACGCCGCCUCGUCGCUGCUCUCCACCGACUCCAGGCUGUCCGCUGCCCCCCACGCCACCGACGCGCGCCCCGAGGUGCAGUCCAUGCUGCCCUCGCCCGUGUCCGAGCACUCGGAGGAGCCGUCGUGGGCGGGCAUCCCAGGGGGCCUCCCCGAGGCGCCGACGCUUCCCGCCUCGCGGGACGCGGGCUCGCCGCCAGGCGCCGCGGGCGCCGCGGAGACGUGGCCCUGCCAGCGCCAGAGCCGCGCGCACCUCGGCGGCGUCACCGGCAACUGGGCCACGCUGCCGCCCCGGGGGGGCCCGCAGGGCCUGUGA